GCAAGUUUUCCCCAAUUACCAAGCUUUGGUUUACAUCACAGGGUGACCUCAGAGCACAAAAAUGCAUUCCCUUUGAAUGAACCUAAACCAGCUGUACUAAGAAAAAAUGCACAAGUACACCAAAUACAAUCAGUCCAUACUAUUAUACUGGAACCAGCUUACUGUAAAAUUUUCUGAAAUCAUUAUAACAUGGACAUUGGAUCCUCAGGGCUAGCUAUUUCACUUUACAAAUCUAUUCCUGUUUAUUCUGCAUGUUAAUGGGGAUUUAGAGAUUCAGUUUUCUUUUUACUGCUUAAAAGCACACUGAGAAAGGUGGAGAUGUGAUGAUGAGACAGUUCAGAUGCAACCCUCACUAUUGCUGCCGUGAUAAUUCUGCCAUCUUCUUUCCUGUGGGGCAGGUGGACAGGUCCUGAUUUCAGGAUAGUUGGGUGCUUGGUGAUUUGCUGCAACUGUAGAGCAGAAGAUGCUGAUACUUGGAUUUUGUGCUAUUCCCUGGGAUCUAUAGCAACACAGUCUAAAGGCUGCAACUAACUUCUAUUGUAGAGCUUAGGUCAUAUAAUUUCUACUUUUAUAUUUUAUCAACAUUCUGCAGUUCUAGAGGAGCACCCGUGGAAUUACUCAGCUGCCUUUUGUCUCUCUGUUUGGGUUUCUGUUGGAAACAAGCAAUUCUGAGAAAGCCAGGUGAUGAGUACAGAUAAAAGCAGAAUUUGGACCAGAAUGCAGUAAUGUCAGUGGUGAGUUGUUGUUGCCGUUGCAUCUUCUCAUCACUUCAGUUUUAGGAUUUCCCUUGCAAAUAUGCCUUGAGUCAGCUUUUCUGCAGCACCUGUGCACAAAGGUUUCCCAAGCCAGAAAACUUUGAUGUUUUAUCGUGUUUCAGGAGAAAAGAGAUCUAAGGACAGACUAUAGAGACUUGACUCAAAAAAUAGGCCUUGGAAAAGAUUAUUUAAAAAAUCAGAUAUAACAUUAAAAAUUAAGGUCUAUGGUUUCACAUUUUCAUCUGAAUUUGUCAACACUGUUUUUAUCCUCUAAGCCAUUUUUAGAGGGUAAUUUGCUGAGCGGAUGAGGGUUGGGGUGAGAGGAAAGUAAGAUGAAAUCAGUGUAAAAUGGAAACAUAAAGAGUAAUCUUAAGUUCUCUGUCAAAGUAGGAGGUUCUGUAAAAUGGAAUCCUACCUACAGAGCUGUCUCUCUGUCCCAGUUCUGUUGCUGUUCAAUACUUUCAUUAAAUAACCGAAGGGAGGAAACUGUAAAAUUUUCACAUGACACUAAAGCAUUUUGAAGAAUAGGGUUAUGAUUUAAAAUGUUACUGGAAAGUGGAUACAAUGGCCAGAAAUCAGUAUGAAGAAAUCCAGUAAACACCUAGGGGAAAGAAAAAUCAACAUUUUGAACAUAAAAUAGGAGACAGCGGACUGCAGUAAAGAUUCCUGGGAAUCAGGAAUAUACUCUUGUAGCUGAUGUACCGAUCAGGUAUCAGGUGGAAUAAUAUGUCCUGCUUGCUUUGGCCCACAAUUUACAGUCCACAGAAUGACAUUAUGAAUACUAAGAGGCUUAGAAAAGAUGAACUGUGAGAAACAGUCUGAGUACAAUGGGAGUAAGAGUCUAGCAGCCAGUUAGUCUUCAUGAGUGCCUCUUUAAAGAAAGACAGUAUGUGAGUUUUGGCUGCACAAAGAGAAAUUUAAGGUGUCUGCUCUGUCAGUCUUGUGUUGAUAAGGCUUGCUAGAACAGGUACUAAAGGGGAUUGGGCAAUCAUUUAUAGUCUUAAGAAACAGUUCGAUUUCUCUGAGGGAAGAUUUAUUUGUCUAGUGUUGAGUGCUGAUAAACAGUUGCUGACGCCUUUUUUAGCAAAGUUUUGAAUUAUGUAUUCUCUUUUAGUGUGCCAGCAUGGUCGUUUAUCACAAGCAAUUGGCUCAUUACUUCAUGGUAACUUGAUCUGCUUCCUUAAUAUAUACUGAACAUGAUCCUGCAUUAGGUAAAUGUGCUGGACUAGAAGACCUCUCAAAUUACAUCCCAGCCCUCAUUUUGGUAGAUUAGAGAAACCAGAUCAGAUGUAUGAUGAUCAUGUUUCAAGGCUUGAUUGUUUCUCUUAUACUGACUUACACCAAAGGAGCAAAGUGUGUUGAGUAUAAUCUAGUGAGUUCCUGUCUGGAAGUUCAGGAUUCAUCCAGAUACAAGACUGGAUUUCUGUGAAGCCUUUAUGCUUUUCCAAGGCUACCUGUGUAACUAUGAGAUUUAGAAACAUAAUGGGUUCUGCUCACCUUUGUUGAACAGGAAUUUUGUUUUCGACUCCAGUGGCACAACAAGUUCACAUGAUGUUGAAAAUUUAGGAUAGAAGACUCUCGUUUGCAUGUUUAUCUGAAACUUUUUAGGACACAGUUAAUGGUGUUCAUGAUUGCAUUUGGACAAUUUUAUCUAUGUUGAGUACAUUCAUUACAUGACUAUUACAUAGUGUUUUUGCAGAUAGUAUUUUUAGGUUUUUUUCCCUAAUUUUUAAUUCCAAAUAUUUGAAGGCAGUUACCAGUUUUAUUUGCUAUAGUUAGAUUUUUCAAACCACUACAGUUUAAUAAAGUCCUUGAAUACUUGAGGCAGUGAAAACUAGGGUUUUCCAGGUUCUGUGAAACAGUGAGUCAACAGCCCACUGCUCUACAUAUAAAAUCUUGUAGUCUCUCUUCUUCAUGUUACUUUGAUGGAUUGGAAGGCUGGGGUUGAAAUUAAAUAUUGUUAAAUCAUAUGUGAAAUAAAUCAAAUAAUUCAUUACUUUUAUAUUUUUUGUCACUUGUACUGGUGUGUCAGAGUUGUGGGCCAACUGAAUACCUGAAAGACCAUGUCUGUGCACACACUACCUCUUAGUCUUAUCCUGUUGUAAUGGUAGCAGUUCAAGAGCUCUGCAAUCAUUAUCUUCCUUCUACACAUCGUAUGCUAAUGAGCCAACAACAUAAUGAAAUCACAUCACAGAGAUGCUACAUUAGAUAUUACUUGCCGAAGGACUUUUUUCCCAAUGAUGGUGUUACUGUACACGGUUUUGAGUGCAAUAUUAAGCCCAUGACUUUACAAAGGUUCAUUAGAUCACUUUUAGGACAAAUACGCUCAAUAUAAAGUGUUGUAUGCCUUGUUGAAUAUCAUGAAAGUGCAACUACCAACCACAUAAUUUCAUUUUCUUGCUUUAUCAAGAGAUGUUAGUGUUCUGCAAUGCUUAUUGGAUUUUUAUGUGUAGGAUAUGCAUGUAUACACAUUUAUAUAUUUACAUGUAUUUUUGUUUAUUCAUCUGUGUUUUAAUAGAAGGCUAAUUGCAAAGAUGUAUCUGUGAUUUGGCUGUGGAUUAUUUGUUACAAAUCUAGGCGAACCCUUCUUGUAAGGGUUGUUUUAUAGGGGGAAGAAUCUUUCUGUGAAGUAUCUCCUCUCUUGUGCAUCAGGAUACUGGAUAACAACUGGUUUUCGUAUGUGAUAUAGAACCUCUGUUUAGCAUCCCUCAUGAAAACUACAACCCACUUUUAAUCUGCCUGACCUUCUGGGCGUGGAGCGGUUUCUUUGGUUUCCCCAGAGAUUUAGGUACACAUUCUGGCAGAUCUCCAGCUGCAUGGGAAUUUGUUGUACUGUUUGAUCUUUAAAGGGCUGCUGGCACGUACAUGUUUGCACAUGCAUAGAAUCGUGAUGUUGUUUCCUUUUACCAACUGUAGAAGACCAGUCUAUGAAAAAAAAAAACGAAAAACAUAAAAAUCAACUUCCUUGCUAUGUUUGAGCUUCUUUGGAUGGCAGUAGUUUACAAUCAUUUUGUGCAGUUCCUUAAGAAUAUGCAGGUUUUGGUUUUAGUAGGAUUUAUGCUUUUGCCAAUCUGGGCCAACCUCUACCUUUGUCCCUUUAGAGCAGCACAUGUGCAACUGCCUUAUGUUAUCUAUCACUUGCUCAAUAUUUAAUCGUGUUUCUGUGCUCUGUGUAGUUAUUUUGGCUUUGUUGUUAAGUGUUUGAAUGUGUCCCACUAAACAAAACCUUUUCCUGAAGACUAAUUAGGCAGCAUCCUUAAUAAAACUACUGUUGAUUGAAAAAUGGUUGCCAACUUCGAGUUCCACUGACUCUCCACCUCUCCCUGGUCUGGCUGCUUACAGUCCUGUCAGUAAAGAAUCCGAUCUUUAUUUAGUCUCACAUAGUGAACAAGAACCUCACUGUUGGGACCAGGACAUUAUGACUUCUUACCUCAAAAUGUACUCCUCUUGCAAUUGUGUUGAGUCUCUGAUGUCUCUCAUAGAUCUCAGAUUUCAAGAACAGCUAGUCAGCAAAUCUGUCAUCAUCAGCCCUUUACUCCUGGUGAAUGGGAUUGUGGUAGUCAGGAAGCUGAACAUGAGCCCUCAGUGUGCCCUGGCAGCAGAGAAGGUCAACAGCAUCCUGGGUCUUAUUAACUGUAGCAUGGCCCAUUAGUAAAGGGGGAAGUAAUUACCCACCUUUACUAGGCUAAAUCUAGAAUACUGUGUCCGGUUUGGGUCCCCAAUUCAAGAAAAACUGGAGGAAGUUCAGUGGAGGCCACCAGAGUAGUUGGGGCUGGAGCAUUUGUCCUGUGAGGAGAGGCUGUGGAGUUGGGGCCUAUUUUGCCUGGAGAGGAGAUAACUCCGGGCAGCAGCCCCCUAGUACCUAUGGGGUGGUCCUUGGGAGGAUGAAGUCAGGCUCCUUGUAAUUGUGCACAGUGGGAAGAUCACAGGCAGCAGGCACGAGCUGAAUCAAGGUAUCUUCAUGCGGCCUAUAAGGAGAAAGUUUUCCUCAAGAAUACAGUGAAGCUGUGGCAGAGGUUGCCCAGCAGUCACCAACCUUGGAGCUUUCCAAGGCCUAACUGGAUAAAGCACCAAGCACUUGGUUUUGAGCUCCUGGCUGAACCUACUUUGAAAAGGGGGAGACCUUAUGAGGUGCCUUCUGACCCGAAUGAUUCUAUGAUCCAAAUCCAUGACUCUGUGAUCUUAAGGGAAGGACACUGCUCUGCAAGCAAGGGGAUGUGCCCCUCUAGCAGGUACGACUCCCUAAGAGCAUCCUGUCCUGACCCACAGCAAUAUGUGUGCCAUGACCUCAUGGACACGGGUUCAUACGUACUUCCAUUAGGCAAACAGCUAUGGCCUAUGGGUCAAUGACUGUGUCAGGGUUCCUGAAAACCAGGAGGUCUGAAUCAUAAGUAUACCUUUGCAACAAAGCAUCCCCAGGACAGCUUUUAUGUGAUACAUUUUAUUUUAUAUUUUAUGUAAUAUGUAUGUUAGGUAAUACAGUUUAUAUAAUAACAGCUUUGUGAUGACUUAGUAAUACCAAUCAGAAUUGUUGAAUUGCCCAAACCAUGACACUGGGUUUCGAGUAUUUGCUAGGAAUAGUACCAGAUGGCAGGAAAAUAUAACCAUAUUUCCUAGUUGUAGGUGUGCAUAGGCUAAUGGAAUUGAAGGGAGCAAAGUCAGGGGGGAGAGAACUGCUCAGGAGGCCACCUUGAGCAGCCUCUUCCUUCACGGUGCCGCUACAUCCAGCCCUAGUACACACAGCACAACCAUCAGGUAACAGAGUCCACAACCUCAGAGUCCAAAGAGACAAUUGUUUGCAUCUAAGUAUGCAAUUACAUGCCCUCCACUACCUACUCUUUGCCAGGAUAAAUUACAAAUCCUGUUCUUUAGUUUCUACUUGUGUGUUAUAUGCUUCAACCCUAGAUGUCUUAGGGAUUUAUAACUCCUGGACUUAGAUAUCAGUGACUUAAUAAAACAAACAAACAUAUGGAUAAGAGGAAAGGCAGGGUGGUCCAAACUAAGCAGUAGGAGAUACAAAAUCCAAGCCAUUAUUUAUGAAUAAUUAACUAAAUGAUGCUAUAAUGUAAAGCAAUGUUAUUAUUAGAAAUAACAGAAUUGUGUUUUGGAAUAUAUCAGCGCUUUUAAACUGCUGAACAUUUUGAAUUCAUUUGGCAUCCAUAGUGUUGUGUAGCUCUUUUGUUUAUACUGUGAUUCUCUUCUUUCCCUUUAUGAGGCUUUUUUUAAAACUCAAAACUGUGUCUCAUAAUAUCUACAAACCUGUAAAAACAUAUGUAAACUAGAAUUAAACUCUAUGUGUUUAAUGUAUUCUAGGAAUCUGAAAGAUGGAUGGAAAAUUGUUACCAGAUGUGCCAGUAUUUCAGUAUUUUCUUUAAUUUUUUUAUGAUUCCAGAAGUGUGAGGUACCACAGAAUUCACGUUCACGUUGCAUAAGAAGUUGCCCAGAAGAGUGAUUUCCCACCAAGCUCUCUUUAAGUAGUGACUGGUUCAUUCCCUGGGUUGGGAGGGUCAUUUUGCAGCUUUCAAAACCACAAAAAAACUUAUCUUGUGCAAAAGAGAAUCCAUUGUUGUGCCUCCUAUUCCCUUGUCUGUCAUUUAGAAAACACAGGUGUUGUGAAAUUGUGUAAUUGGAGAGGAGAUGGUGAUAAAAGAAGCCACAGGAAGGUGUUGGUAGCUAUUGAUGCCAUGAUGGCUGGGGGCAGUGGGAGCCCCAAGGCAGCAGGGCAAGGUGGGCCUGGCAGCCUGUCCUGUCCCAUAAUCAGAGCCAAAAGCUCCCAGGGCUGGGACCCUGUCACCGCCUUCAGCACCAGAAGCCUCUGCCCAUGGGCACUAAAGGAAGGAACCAUCUGUGCUGUGCUGGCCCUGGGAGGGGUAGCUGAGCCAUGCACGGUAGAGAGUAAAACCUCAGCACUUGCUGAAAUACUUUUUAAUUUUAUUUCAAAUAUAUGCUGUGAAAGUCAAUUUUUCAAACCUUUUCCAUCAGCAGAUCCCUCAAAAUUUUCCAUCAGUGAUGUAGGUCUCUGCUUAUAGGCCAGAUGAUGACAAGCUCAUCACUUAUGUGUGUUGGAGAAGUGAUCAUUAGAUGUCCGGGUGGCAUUGUUGAAAUACACCGUCAUGCACCUAUUUUGGAAAACACUCUGAAGAGGAGUUAUUUUCAAUAUAUCACUUGUUUAAAGACCACAAUUCUACCUCUUUUCCUUUUGAUGUAUUGAUUCUCUGCUUGAGAUUCCUCAGGCCUGCAGGACCACUUGUGUUGUUAGAACGUCAGCACAUGGGUACAGCUGUGGCUCUUCCAUACACGUGUCUGCCCCAGCUGAGUUUGCUUGCAGGAAAAGGAUAGGUUUUCCAAUAUUUAUGUUCUUCAUUCAAGUCCUUAUGUUGUCAUUAGAUGGUUGUCAGGUUUUCUGUGUGGGAACAUGGAACAGGAUAGCUAGUGUAUUCUUCCAUAAUAGGCAUCUAACUUCACAUGAAAUACUCAAGCAAUCACAGAACCAUAUAUUUCAAUAUACUGCAACCUAAACCAUUAUUACUGCCUGAUAUAUAGCUGUUUUAAACAUUAAUUUGUCUGGGAAAGAAGCUUUUCAGCCUCUACAUUUUUAAAGGCUUUUGUAGAAGUCAACAGAAAUAUAAAAUUGAGUUAAUAUGAGCAGAUUUUAUAUGAAUAAAUCAAUAUUGCUUAUACUGAAAUUAUGUAUAUAAAUAUGACACCACUAACACUAUUGGGGCUCUAUUCUUUGCUCUAUUCUCCAGCUAUAGGGUGAAUUACCGCCCACAUGUGCCUCAGUCUCCCAGCAUUUACAACAGAGAUAAUAAAUCAUGUGAUUCACGAAGUCAAUGAAAAAUUAAAAUUCACUAUUUUCUGUGCAGGAAUGUGAAGUGUAGUGAAUUUGUUGCUACUAAUACAAGACUAAAACCUACAGAGCCAUUUUGAUGCCAACAGUUCAAAUAUAAACAAUUCCCAACAGUUUGACUCUGUAUCUCUGAAUGUAUAUGACUGUGUGACACAAUAUGGUGCUAUCUGGGAAAAGAUAAUUUAAGUACAGGAAAGGAAUAGUCUGUUAGCAUAAGAAGCAAUUUAAGUUGAAGUAACUAUCUCCUAGCAGUUAUGCAACUACAUUUCUUGGGGUUUGCUUUCUCUCCUGACUCUGAAGUUUGUGUAGACAUGCUUUAUAUUUUUCUCUUACUUGUAGUAAUUCCAAAAUUUUAUUCUUGGGAUACCUCCACAAUGCAAGGCUGGAGAGGACUAGGGAGUCCAAUGAAGAUCCAGCUGUCUGCUCUGAUUAAUGGUUAGCUCGCUACCUGUUCUUCUGCUUUGUUUUUUUCUCCAAAGUCUCCUCAAGACAAUAACUAGGCUUUGUUUUGGGAAUAGUCCAUUCUGGAGGCAGUGCACACCAUUUUUGGCUUUCACCAUCCUUCAGCACUCUUCCAGCAUGGGCGUUUGGAUUUGUGAACAUGUGCAACACACGGUGCUCACUUCCAUGCUCUGAACAUGCCAUGUUGCUGGGUUUCAAUGUAGUCUCCAGAUUGCUUCAGAUACUUUGAACUAAAGUGUAUUCAGUCCAAAUAAUGUGUUAGGUGUGCAGGGCCAGAUGAGGAGGUCAAACACCCGUCCAGCACAUGCUGUGCGGUGUGGAUGUGACCAGUUUGAAAUAAGGGGAGGUAUUUCUAAGCUGUGUGGAUGUGAGUCAGAAGGUACCAUUUAUAUUCAGCAGUGCAGACCUUGGUCACUGUGAGUGCUUUUGCCCUCAGAUGUUUGGCUCUGCUCUGCCACUUCAGAAUGGUUGUCUUUCUUCUGUGUAGCCAAACUUUUGCUUUGGCUCAUUUUUCUUUCUCUUGUUUUUCUCAAUUACUUUUCUUUCCUUACUCUUACUUUUCUUAACUGUUUAUUCCUUUUUUCCCCUCUUCCUCCUAAUAUUCUCAUGUUUCCUCUCUACUCUGACAGAGCUGACCAGUACAAACUUGAUGCUGUAUUGGAUCCCCUGGAUGGAGAUUAAAAUGCAGGAACACAGAGUAAAAAGCACAUCUCACGUGUGCUGCUCGAAUCAACGUCCGUGUGUGCACGUCUGGUGUCUGUAUUCUCAUUUCCAGCUCUGCUAGAAGCCAUUAUUAACACCACGAGGGAAAGCAGAUGGCUUUCAAGGAGGUUUUAGCUAUUAAGAAAAAACUACAAAACAAAAAAAAACCCCAAACAACAACAACAACAAAACAAAACAAAACAAAAAACAACCCAACAGAAGAAUUUUUAAACUUGGGAGUAAGAUGGAGUCAAUUAAUGCCAUUUUUCCUAUUCCCUCACUCCUGCUGUUCCCUCCCAAAUAUUACAAUUUCUUUCAAAUGUAAUUGACAGAAACUUUCUGAUUAUUCCAAGUCCUUCUUCUUUGUAUAAGGUCAAUCAAGUUCCCUUUUCUAGGGCAGAAAUGCUUAGUACUUUUAUCAAUCUUGCACUUAAAAACCUCUAACAGGCUUAUCCUCUUCCACUUCUGCCUUUUACUAGAAGUGCCCUGAAAAGGACAGAAUUACACAAUAGCAAAUGGCAGUACUGUUUUUACAUAAGGUUCAGUGCACUCUUGCAUUCAUGUUCACUGAUCAUAACAUGAGCGUGUUACUCAGUACUUUGCUUUUCUGACCAGACAUGAACAUUAAACUCCUGAGGAUUUCGUGGCCUUGAGGUUAGCAGCUUCUUGGGAGCAGAACAAAGCAGGGUAUUAAAAUAAAUUUACAAGAAUGCUGUACUUAUGAUCAUGAUUUAAACUUAACCACAAAUCACAAAAUAAUUAUCUGAAUGCUUUGUUUUCUCCAGAAGGUAAUUAAAACAUAUCCUUUGUAUGCAUAGAAAAAGGAAAUGUAUGGAAGAGUUCCUAAGCAUUCCAUAGGCUGAUACCCUCAGAAAGAUGAGAUGCAAAGUCAUAGACUGUGCAUGCAAAACCUGAGGCAUGCUUCAUGAAUCUUUUGUCCCACUUGCACUUGUCCACUGGAAGCUCUUAGCUCCCACGUGUGCAAGUUAGGUGUGUAUGGAAAAGCUUGCAGAUAGGGAUACUGAAACUGAAAUGAGUCUUGCUAGACUUCAGUCACCUAAAAGAUGUCUUAAGUUUAAGACAAGUGUCUAGGCUGCUUUGAUAAUUAAUGACUUGAAACAGGUACUUCUGGAGGGCAAUCUUAUCCAAAGGGUAGUUGGCUAAGAGAGGUCAAUAAAUUAACUAUAUAGGGAGAACAGUUAACUGUUAGCUGGAGUUAUGUGAAACGAAAGACUCUGUCAUCAGCUCUUCUGCAUGUGAACAGCUUUGUCAACCUGUGGUCUAACACAUCCCUAUUUUGUUCCCAUUGUCUGCACACGAUGUUUGGACAAUGGUAUAUAUAGAUAUAUCUGAAGAUUUAUGUGAGUCAUAUGCAUCAUGCUAACAACGUUAAGCAACAUAUGCACUUUCAAAGUCCUAGAAUUUCUGAAAUAAUUACGUGUUUCACCCCAAUGACGGAUAACUUCUUCGACUGUGGACCUGCCGGAGCUCAAGAACAUGAUUGCGAGUGUACAGUGCUGUGGAUACAAAUCCUUUAUCUGUGUAUAUUAUGCAGCCCAUCUGGAACAAAAUUAUUAAGAUAGUGCCUUUGUGGAUUGCUCCCAACCUGUUAACAUUCUCUGGAUUUGUCAUGAUUUUAUUUAAUUAUUUUCUAAUAUCUUUUUAUGACUGGGACUACACUGCCUCAGGUAGCAGUCCUGGACUUGUUCCCACCUGGGUGUGGCUCUUCAGUGCUUUUACCACUUUUUGUGCUUAUGCUUUAGACUCCAUAGAUGGGAAACAUGCUCGAAGGACUCAGUCCAGUACUCCUCUAGGAGAACUAUUCGACCAUGGACUGGAUAGCUGGGCUACCUCCAUUUUUGUGCUUUCCUUUUUUUCUGUCUGUUCCCGUGACAAUGGGAAGACUGGAGUUUCUGUAUAUACAAUGUAUAUAUAUUUAAGCAUUGUCUUGUUUAACUUCAUGUGUUCACACUGGGAGAAAUAUAACACAGGAGUUCUUUUUCUUCCUUGGGGAUAUGAUAUAAGCCAAGUGGUAUUAAUAGCAGCAUAUCUGCUUACCAGUGCUGUUGGUGUGGAAGUCUGGCAGAAGCCUUUGCUGCUUGGUUAUUACAUUACAGACAUAUUAGUAAUCCUGCUUAUAGGCUUCAGUUUAUUUCUUUCAUUUCCACAAACACUAUACAAUAUUCACAGAGCACAUUUAAAGAAAACACUGAAGCAUGAUUCUCUGUAUGAAGGACUCCUACCUCUUGUGUCACCUCUGUUGCUGUUCGUUCUUCUUACAGUCUGGGUGGUUUUAUCUCCAAGCAACAUAUUAGCAAAGCAACCAAGGCUGUUUUUAUGGAUGGUUGGGGUUGCUUUCUCAAAUGUUAUUUGCAAGGUGAUCAUCUGCCAGAUGAGCGGCACCCGGCCGGAGCUUUUCCACUGGUUCCUGUUGCCGCUGGCACUGGUGGUGUACGCAGCCAUCUCCGGGCUGCUGGGCUGGAUGGAAGAAGCUGUUCUUGCCGUGUUCACCGCCCUGGUCACGGCCGCCCACGUGCACUACGGGGUCUGCGUGGGUAGGCAGCUGAGUGAGCACUUGAACAUUUACAUCUUUUCCCUGAAGAAACGCAUCCAAGAGUGAACACCUGCACUAUGAUCAGACUGUAACACUUACGUGGAGAUCUGCAACUCUUCUGAUGUGAUAAACAGUUGGAAUUAAUCUGAUUAAAAUAACCAAAGAAUAGAACAGUACAGAUAUCUGAACCACUGCGACAAUGAGCUAUGCAGCAAGAUGCUUCAUCUCAGAGGAAGAUUCCUGUCCAGCAGAGAAGUGUUUACCAAGUUGUUCUGCUGCUAACAUUUAUUCUCUUCUAACACUAAUGCUGUGUUACUGGCCUCUCUGAAGCUUUUGUCUUCCUCCUCCUUGCCAUUUUGUCCAAAGUCCUGGAUAAAUUCAUGCCAGGUUACAUAAGCUUCUCGGUGGUUUAUAACCAGCACUGGUUUCGCCCAGCCUAGUCACCAGUGGGACUCCAGCAAUGCAAACACUCCCUGUAUGUCCUUCUCACUCAGACAUCUGUGCCUGCUUCAUUUUCUGUAUUUAUUUUCUCACAACUCAUUUCUUCCAUACAACCUCCUGAAAGGCUUCUGCACAUUCAGUCUUUUCCUCACCUCAAAUGAAUGUGUGAAGACAAGAGAAUGAGCUGAGAAAGCUAUGGGUAAAGUGUUUUUGAAAUGUACAUUUUUUUUCCCAUUCUCAGCAUUAAGAUGAGUCUCAGCUGACCUGUAUCUGUCAGAAAUGCAGGCUCUGUACAGCAGCAGCUGACCUUUCUAUUUAUUUCCUAGGCAGUAACAAGCACAUUGUUGAUAUUUCAGUAGCAACGAGCAAUAUACUCUACAAAGGUAACCAGCUGAAAAUAAAUUUGGCCAGCAAACCUUCAAAGAUUCACACAUUUCACUGCGAAACUAGUUUAGGUCAAACAUUGUGUAUGAGUGCAAAAUGCAAAACAAACCAUUAUUUGCCUGUGUGCUUGAAGCAAAUUCUUGUGGGUUUAGAAAAUGACAAAAGAAAAAAAAACAAGAAGAGCUUUUUUUUUUUCAAAUGUUACACAUUUGCAUGCAGAUGUAAACUGCUCACUUCAUCUGUGAUACACGUAGGUUUUCUGCAUGCCUUGGAGGAAGGAGUAAGAAUUUGAGUUUCAUCUCUUUUCAUAUGCUGCCCCUAGCCAGAGGGACUUUGUGGUCUUGAAGCACUAAUGAAACAAUCUGUCCAUUCCCCAAGGUAAGCAUGAGAUUACAUUUUUUGCACAGAGGGAUGUGAUUGACAGACUGGCAUAUUUAUUAACUAUUUUGCUUGCCAGAAGCCAGGUAAAAGCACAAUUGUUGAGCUGCUAAGGCUUAAGUUCACCUUUUUCAGUUCUUAGACCAUUUCUCUGGGUUUAUCGCUAGCCUGAUCAUUCUUCCCCCCCUCGAUAACUUACCCUUAUAUCAGCAGCUCCUAUUAGUAUUUUCAGCUGAGCACUGACUAGUCAUAUAAACAGCUUCAAUUUAAGCUGGUGCUGCCUGUUACAGGAGUUGUCCUCCCACAACAUCAGUAGGUGAUUUCCCCAGGCAGCCCUUCCUGCGGUGCCAGGGGACAGGCCUGCACAUCAGCUUCCCCUCAUCACAAAGCAGAAAUCCACACCGACUGGAAAGGUUUCUCGUGAUUUGAAAGUAUGCAUGUUCCACCUACCAAAUGAGCAUGUUGAGGGUCCCACCCCCAAAUGAACAUGAGACUACAAUCACAGUUCAAGCAGCUUAAGCUUUGAGUUGGGCAGGGGUGACCGGUCAUCCUGUUAAUGCAAAGUCAGAGGUUUUUCCAAGAGCCCUGCAGGGAAGGGAGGCUCCCAUGCCCUUUGGUACUACUGUGGUCCAGCUCCAAGAGACAUCUUCCAGCCUUCCUCCCCACUGGUGCGGUAGGCAUGCCCCUAUCCUGCAGGAUGCCCAGGGAGUGUGGGGUGUCCACCAAGGCACUCCCUAAGGACUCUCUCAGAAUAAGUCUGAAGGCUGGUUAUUUAAUGAAGUUUGCUAGAAAAGGCAGUUUGGGUUGAAGGGGAAUGACAAGUUUAAUGUUGUUGCAUGCACCCAACAGCGUCAAUGUUUGAUGGAAUUAAACACUACAUCCAAUACCAGAGACAUAAAAGUCUCACCUACUUUAUAAAGGAAAUUUAUAUUUCACCCUUCCAUCACAAGUGUCUGGAGGAAGUUCUGAUGAGAAAAAAAUUAGAAUACAAUAAACAAAAUUACCUCUAAAUUGGUUGUACUGGAGAAACUCUGUAGACAGGCUUCCCUUUUAUGUCUGUCUUGCACUUAAUUAGGAAACAGCUGGAAAUAAGGGUCACAGAAGCAGCACUAUUUGAUGCACUGUAAUGGAGUAUUUUGAAAUAUUCAUUAAAUGAAAUUAUAAAAUUUGAAAUACCACAACCUGCCUGCACUUGUACCUUUCUAAAGAGAAAUACAGCGUCACUUUUUAAGGACAUUAAGCUCUGGCCGAGUUUUUCACCUUCUAUAUGAAAACAUGGCAAAUAAUUUAUUUUUCCUUUUUAAAGGAACUUGUCACUACAAUCUCUAUAAAGACAUAUAUAAAAAGAAAUCAUGUAUUGCACAGAGUAUAUAUUGAGUUUUUAGCCAUUCUAGAUGGUAGCUGGUUCAACGAACAGGAAUAAAAAUGCUUUGCUCAUAGGGUGGUACGGUCACAGAUUUAUUUUGCAAAGUCAGAUAACUAUGUAGAUGACCUAAUAGUCUUAACAAAGAUUUUUUUUUUUUGUUGCAACAUUAUGGCAGAAUGUUUUGAAACUGGAAAAUAGGUACCUUUUUUAUGCUUUUGAACAUUUGCACUAGCCCAAAGACAUGCCUCCCCACCAAGUCUUACAAAAAGCAACUCAAAAGAACAGCUCUCCCAGGUUUGAACACCUGGGUUGGAAAUGGGCUCCUCUAUCCCUGCUUCAUCCUACCCCCUCUAUUAGAAACCUUCCCUGAGCGGGCUAAGCAAAAAUUUGGCCUCGGCCCCAGGAACACCUGAUAGCAGUGGGGCCCAGGCUGGUGGCACACAACCAUGGCACAAAGGGGGCCUGAGCCAAGGCUUGAAGCCUCGGAGAUUGAGCAGCAACUACUGUGGCAACAUUGCUCAUGCUACAAAAGAUCAGAGCAGUGAGAAUUACAAUGAAGUUUCCCCCCUUUUAUUCCAAAAAGCCUAAUACUUUAAUCUGAAACGCAGGCAGGUUUUAGGUACUGCACUGAAGAUUCAUCCUUGAAUACUUGGCCACUGCAGGAAAGUCCACUGGGAGUUUCAGUGCCCUUGCUGUAGUACUCUCUUCACCUCCUGGCUGCUGCCAGUUUUGCUGUUGUAUCAAAACUGAUACACAAGAGAUUUAGUACUCUGAAAUCCCAAAGCAUUUACCAUAAAGAAAAAUGUGCUGUUUACAUG